UAGCUGAACGCUGAACUCUUCUUAACUUGUAUACCGUACCUUGUGCUUGUACUGUUGUACGUUGUACCUGUUCUUGCCUCUUGGAUUUUUGGACUGUUCGACUGUUGGCUGGUGGUUGUACUUGUAUGUCCCUUAAGUUCCUUCAUUUGACUGUGUGAUGGUAGGUUAAGUAUCCGCACUGUAUUUUUAGAAAUAACAUCAAAAUGUCCGCUCUCAGUCGUAUUUCAAAACUUGCAUGCCUGUCCAGAAAAUCUUCUUUAUCCCAUUGCUUGCCGAGUGUUCGUCUCAUCUCUACUUCGAAAAAGAAAGAUGAUACAACAGUUGUGGGGCCUGCUGUAGGUCAAGGAAAAGAUGACACUGCUGUACCCCAAAAGAAGAAAUUUUUCUAUGAUUAUGGAUUUGGUGGAAAGACAGAAGAUGAGGAAUACAAUUACAUACACUCUCAUUUUUUCCUGUACAUAUCUAUCGUAUGUGUGGGAACAGGCUUUUUUAUCUACUACAGACCUGAUGUAAACCUCAAGGAUUGGGCUCAGAGAGAAGCGUUUCUAGAGUUGAGAAGAAGAGAAGCUUUAGGGCUUCCCCUUAUCGACCCUAACUAUGUUGACCCUUCAACAGUAAACUUGCCUUCAGAUGAAGAACUUGGAGACACAGAAAUAAUAAUCUAAUAAGGCCUAAUAGUGAAUAAUAGAUCACACUGUACAGUAGUCAGGUUUGAUGUGGACACUAAACCCAUUAUUUUGUGAGUACGGUAACUAAAUUUGUUCAUACUUUAUUUGUAAAAUCGUAUGUUGUAAUAAACGGAUUCUCUUUA